AUGGCUGCCAACGAUGCGCGCGACGCCAAGGUUGGCAACGCCGUUGCUGCCGCCCAGGACCCCGACAGCACCGUCACUGCCGACGAUGCUCAGCGCCAGAUGGUCGCCGAGUCUCGCAACGCUGGUAUUCCUGCCUUCACAUUUGAUCCCGAUGCCACGCCAGAACAGAAGCGAGCCCAAGCCAGAGCUGCAAUUCCUCAAGAGCUGCGCCAGGCACGCCCCGAAAGAUCUGUUGCCGUUGUAACUGACAUUGACGACGGGACGGGCCCCGUCGAAGAUUUGCCCGAGCCCUCCAAGCAAGGCGUCCUCGACGUCGCUAGAGACGCCGACGGCAAGCCAAUCGGCGACGGUACUGACCCUGGCGCCAAAGAGCCUCCCUAUUUGCGCACCGGAUGGGCUCCCAAGAUGGGCUGGCCCUCGGAACACACAUUCGAGUCCGAAAGCUUGCUAGACCACGCUACCUGGCUCGAGUCCAGACUCCCCGACUCGCUCUACGGAGAUUGGUAUCACAAUACUGCCAUUGUCAUUGUCGCCUGCAUUACCUCGUGGCUUAUUGCUGUUCUCGGCGGCGGUCUUGGAUGGGUCCUCAUCAUCAUGGCCACUUGCGCCACCUACUACCGAACCUCUUUGCGCCGCGUCCGCCGCAACUUCCGCGACGACAUUAGCCGUGAAAUGGCCCUCAAGAAGCUCGAGACCGACAACGAAUCUCUCGAGUGGAUCAACUCCUUCAUGGUCAAGUUCUGGCCCAUCUACCAGCCCGUCCUCGCUCAGACCAUCAUCAACUCGGUCGACCAGGUUCUCAGCUCCUCUACCCCCGCUUUCCUCGAUAGCCUCAAGCUCAAGACCUUCACCCUCGGCUCCAAGCCCCCGCGCAUGGAACACGUCAAGACCUACCCCAGGACUGAAGAUGACAUAGUCAUGAUGGACUGGAAGUUCAGCUUCACCCCUAACGAUAACGCCGAUCUCACUUCCCGCCAGAUCAAGAACAAGAUCAAUCCCAAGGUCGUUCUCGAAAUUCGCAUCGGAAAGGCCAUGAUUAGCAAGGGACUAGAUGUUAUCGUCGAGGACAUGGCCUUUUCCGGCAUAAUGCGCCUCAAGAUCAAGCUGCAGAUUCCGUUCCCCCACGUCGACCGCGUCGAAAUGUGUUUCCUUGGACGUCCCGAGAUCGACUACGUCUGCAAGCCCCUUGGUGGUGAGACUUUUGGUUUCGAUAUCAACUUUAUUCCCGGUCUCGAAAGCUUCAUCCAAGAGCAGAUCCACGGCACUCUAGGGCCCAUGAUGUAUGCGCCCAAAGUCUUUCCUAUUGAGAUCGCCAAGAUGCUCGCCGGCACUCCCGUUGAUCAGGCCGUGGGUGUUCUGGCUCUCACCCUUCACGGCGCCCAGGGUCUCAAGAAUACCGACAAGCUCGGUGGCACUGUCGAUCCCUACGCCGUCAUUACAUUCAACCGCCGCCAAGAACUCGCCAGAACUAAGCACGUUCAGGACAAUCCCAAUCCUCGCUGGAAUGAGACUCACUACCUCAUCGUCACUUCCUUCUCCGACUCUCUCGAUAUCCAAGUCUUUGACAAGAACGAAUUUCGCAAAUCCAAGCAACUUGGUGUUGCUACCUUUGCCUUGGAAGACCUCGAAGAGCUCAACGUGCACGAGAACGAGCGUCUCGAAGUCCUCGCUGACGGCAAGGCCCGUGGUGUUGUCAGCUGCGACCUGCGCUUCUUCCCUGUUCUCGCCGAGAAGAAGCUCGAGGAUGGCACAGUCGAACCCGCCCCCGAAUCCAACCAGGGUAUUCUCCGAUUCACUGUCGAACAAGCCAAGGAUCUUGAUGGCACCAAGAGUCUUGUCGGCAGCCUGAACCCCUACGCCGAUCUGCUGCUCAAUGGCAAGCCUGUUCACCAGACCAAGAAGCUGAAGCGCACCAACAACCCCAUCUGGGACAACGGCUCCAAGGAAAUCCUCAUCACUGAUCGCAAGUCCGCCAAGCUGGGAGUCAUUGUCAAGGAUGACCGCGAUCUCGCCGGCGACCAAGUUGUAGGCAAGUACCAGAUUAAGCUCGAUGAAAUGCUCGACUGCAUGGAACAGGGCAAGGAAUGGUAUAGCCUGGCCGGCGUACCUACUGGUCGCGUCAAGAUGAUGGCUCAGUGGCGGCCUGUAGCCAUUUCUGGCGUUGCUGGAACCGGUGGCUACCAGACGCCCGUCGGUGUCAUCCGCCUGCAUUUCAAGCGUGCCACUGACUUGCGCAACUUUGAGGCCUUUGGCAAGUCUGACCCCUACGUUCGCGUUUUACUCUCCGGUAUCGAAAAGGGUAAAACCGUCACCUUCAGAAACGACCUUAAUCCUGAGUGGGACGAGGUUCUAUACGUCCCUGUGCACUCCGAGCGCGAGAGGCUUACUCUCGAAGUUAUGGAUAUGGAAAAGGUUGGUAAGGAUAGAAGCUUGGGCCUGACUGAACUGGAUGUUGGCGACUUUAUGCAACUGAAUGAGCUCGGCGAGCAUCUUGUGCACGAUAAGAAAGAUGACCGCGAAGGUGCUCUGCGUCUCCAUGGCAAGGGUGUCCCCAAGGGAACGCUUCACUACACGGCCGCUUUCUACCCCUGUCUCAACAUUGCGGACCCUGAAGAGGAAGAAGAGGAAAAGGAGGCCGCUGAAAAGACCAAUGGGGAUGCCACCAAGGCCGCGGUCAAGGACGCCGCUGACAAGGCUGCCACUGCAGCUGGACACACCAAGGGCAAGCCAAGCGUUGACACAACCAAAUCUGUCAAGUCCACCAAUGGUGCCAGCUCGGAACAUAGUGACGAAAAGGACACUGGUCCUCCCAAGAUUCACAUGAGCCCUGAACAAUUGCUCAAAGAAGAGAGCGGUCUGCUCAUUUUCCGUCUUCUUGAUGCGGAAAUGCCUGAUGCUCCUAGCCAUCUGGAGGUCUGGGUUGAUGACUACAUGUACCCUUCGUACAUAACAAACAGCACCUCAACCAAGAGCUACAAGUUUGAUGAGAUCGGAGACUGUGUCAUUCGUGAACUGGACUUUUCUCGCCUUACACUCAAGGCCAGAAAGAAGGGCGACGACAAUGACCACGUUCUGGCGUAUCUCGCUGGCAAUACGCUGGAUACAUUGAAGCAGUGCCUCAACAACCCUACUAUUCUCAAGCUAAAGUCCGAGGAUGGCAAGACUGGCUCUGUCAAGGUCAGCCUCAAGUACAUACCCAUCAAGAUGAAACUUGACCCCAGCGAGAGCAUCAACAACAUGGGUAACCUUCGCGUUGAUAUCUUGGAUGGCGCUGACCUGCCGUCCGCCGAUCGUAAUGGCAAGAGUGAUCCUUACUGUCGAUUUGAUCUCAACGGCCAGGAUGUCUUCAAAACCAAGGUCAUCAAGAAGACGCUCAACCCUACUUGGAACGAGUACUUUGAGGUGCCUGUUCCUUCGCGAACAGCUGCCAAGUUCAAAUGUACUGUUUGGGAUUAUGAUUUCGCUGACAAGCCUGAUCUCCUCGGCACUACGGACAUUGAUUUAGCGCAGCUGGAGCCGUUCAAAGCCUACGAGUCUCAGUACCCUCUCGAUGGCAAGUCCGGUAGCGUGCGAAUUCGCCUGCUAUUCCGGCCAGACUAUGUCACCCGCCAGAGACAAGGUACCUCGUCAUUUGCCGGCACGUUUGGGGCUCCCACUCGUAUCGUUACUGGCGUUGCCGGUGCUCCAAUCAAGGGUGGUGUGGCUGUUGCUGGAGUUGUUGGUCAUGGUGUUGGCAAGGGUGCCUCAUUUGUGCGCCGUGGUCUGUUCGGAAAGAAGGACAGCAACGGCACCGUAGUGGAGGUUGUCGAGCCAGCCGAGGCUGCCGAUCUUGCUGCUGGCCAACCCGGUGGCGGCCUCAGGAAGGCACCUAUGCUCGAUACGGCCGGUCGCAGAGAUCUGACGCCUACUCCUGGCGGCAACACAUCGAUACCUGUUCCUUCGAUCGAGACACCCAGUCCCUCGCACAGGCGCACUCUUAGUAUUGGUGCUGCUUCUAUACAGAGCGGUAUACCCGGCGGCGCGCCUAGCGGCAGCGCCGUCUUCACAGUCGUCAGUGCUUCUGGCUUUCCUAGCUCUACAGAUCUCUACGUCGCUGUAUCACAGGUCUCGCCAAAGGAGAAGACUGUAGGCAAGACUAAGCAUUUCAAGUCUACUACUGGCGAAUGGUCGAUCGACGAGGACUUCAAGUUCAACUGCGCUGCUGAUUCUCAGUUCAAGAUCGAGGUCAAGGGCAAUCACACCUUUGGCAGCGAUGACGUCCUGGGAGACCACCCCUACUUUGUGGACGAGACUGGCGGCGGACCCAAGGAGCUUACCAUUGGUGGCGGCAUCGUUGUGAUCAAAAGCACCUUCCAAGCCGCCGAUACUGCUAGCAUCAGAGACAGCCCGCGGGCAUCGAGUAUCCGCAGAAGCAUGCUUUUGAAGCGAGGCGAGUCGUCGCGCAUCAGCCGGGAAACUACACCGAACCCAUGA